CUCCAUUUCAGCCUUACAGCAAGGUCUUUGGCCUGCAGAGGUUCCGUGAAUGUGAGCUGAUCCAUGGACGUUGGGACAUGUUGGCUACUCUAAGUGCCCUCACUAUUGAAUGACUCACUGGAGUCACUUGGAAAGAUGCUGGAAAGGUGAAGCUUGUUGAAGGAUCAUCUUACCUAGGCUAACCCCUUCCAUUCCCCAUGACAACAUUGAUCUGGAUCAAAGCGUUGGUGAUUGGAUACAUUGAGUUCCAAAGGAAUGCAGAGCUUGACCCUGAGAAAAGGAUGUACCUUGGUGGGAAGUACUUCGACCCUCUUGUCUGUGGCAAAUGGGUGAAGAUUGAACAAAAAUGCUUUAUCAAUGGUCAAGCGUCUAAUCCGUCUUGAUGAUAAGCACAUCUCCAUCACUCAAUUGCAAAUGUUGAUCGAAACAUACUUGAGGGAAGAUGGUUUUUUCCACGUGGCCUACUUAGGCCGGGGGUGUAAGUUGGACUCAAAACUCAUAAGUGUGUUGGUGGAGAGGUGGAGACCAGAGACGCACACAUUCCAUCUUCCAUGCGGUGAGUGUAUUAUCACUCUAGAGGACGUGCAGUUACAGUUGGGGUUCCCAAUGGACGGAUUGGUAGUCACCGGGUUUGUUCAAUCUGCUAAUUGGGGGACUGUCUGUUAUGAACUUUUGGUUGUGGUACUAGAGAUGAUUACCGGAGGUUGGAUUGAAAUGGCCUGGUUACGAAAUAAUUUUGCGGAGCUGGCGGAGCAUUCUACUGAAGAGAGAAGAGUACGAUACGCUCGGAUGUACAUCCUUCAGAAGGCUAUUCGAUUGAGAGUCGGGAACGACAAGGAUUCAUCUAGCCGAAAACACAGGAAUGGCAUGUACAUAGAGGCUUAGACCCAUGAAGAUAUUGUAAUUAUUUGUUCCACGUUAAUUGGUGACAAAUGUAUUUGAAUUGGAUUAUUUAUAAGUUAUACUUUGAUACUUGAAAUUGUUGAGUAUGACCUUGUGAUGAAUGCGAGUUUAAAUGUUGUUUGAAUGUGUUUAAAAA